ACUGUGGGAAUUUGGAAUAGAAAAUAUCUCAGGUUUGGUGAAGGAGGAGGAAUAGUGCCUCAUCAUUGGUAUAAGUGGAAGGACCAGUGCCCUAUCAUUGGAAUCAGUGGGAGGAAUAGUGUCCCAUCAUUGGUAUCAGUGGGGAGGAAUAGUGCCCCAUCAUUGGUAUCAGUGGAAGGAAUAGUGUCCCAUCAUUGGUACUGGCGGGUGGAAUAGUGAACCAUCAUUGGUAUCAGUGGGAGGAAUAGUGCUCCAUUAUUGGUAUCAGUGGGAGGAAUAGUGCUCCAUUAUUGGUAUCAGUGGGAGGAACAGUGUCCCAUCAUUGGUACUGGUGGGUGGAAUAGUGAACCAUCAUUGGUAUCAGUGGGAGGAAUAGUGCUCCAUUAUUGGUACUGGUGGGUGGAAUAGUGAACCAUCAUUGGUAUCAGUGGGAGGAAUAG